AUGGAUCACUCAGCUCGGGACUGUCCAGGGCCGAAACAAGGCCGCAGACAGGACUCGAGUGGGGGUGAUACCAGAGGAUGUCACCAUCGUGGAAAGGCAGGACAUUUCAAACGAGAAUGUCCCAAACUCCAAGCAAAACAGGAGAAGGGCUGCGGUGAGGCAAGCAAGCCAAGCCAGAGCCGGGGCCAGACCUCUAAGCCAAGGGUUUACGAGCUGUCCAAGGACGAGGACGAGACUAAACCGUUCAAGUCGAUCACUGGGAUCCUAAGUAUUGGUGGUGUGGAAACACACGUACUUUUCGACACUGGAGCUACACACAGUUUUGUGAGCCCAGGGUUAAUCGGAAAGGUUUUGUUCCAGAUUGGGACAGGGGGUGAUCCAUGCAUAGUUAAGGACAUCCCAGUGAUGAUCCAGGACAGGGUAAUACCUGUGGAUCUGGUUGUAGUCCCCCUUAAGAAUCACGAGGUGAUAUUGGGUAUGGACUGGCUUGGAAAGAAUCGGGCCACCUUAGAAUGCCACCGGGGUAGGGUGCAGUUUGAGAGUGGGUGUGGACCCCCGAUCAGGUUCCAGGGUAUUAAGCUGGCCUCAGGUUGCUUAGUGGUAUUAGCAAUCCAAGCAGAAUAG